AUGUCUACCCUUAAUGUCGACCAUGCGACACAAAUGUCGAAAGAUACCCCAACAAAUCUAUUGUCUUCGGUCGGUCUUUCACAAUAUGUCCAGAAAGAUCCAGCCUCCGAAUCAACUCCUGUUUAUGAGGGUUUCUCCUUUUCCAAGGCUAUGCCUGAGGAAAGUGCAACCUGGACAUGCGUGAAACGGACACCCAUGCAUCUGAAUCAAGACGAGUACUCCAAACUGGUCCAGAAGAGGGCAAAUAAGAAGUCCACAGCACAGCAAUACCAGAGCCUAUCCUCCGAUACCCAGCGAGCUCAUAUCAAUCAACUAAUUGACGAACAAAAACAAAAUAGUCCACUUGUUGAGUGGAGCUUCGUCUAUGUCAAAGAGCACACAAAGGUAUCCAAGGCCCGAAAUACUCAUCGCAGUGAAUAUGAAACGGUCACAAUGGAUGUGAUAAUCAUGAAAACACCCAUGAAGACCCAAGCAUAUUCUAGGCCCUUGAUGGGUGGCUCAGAGGCUAUUGGGAAACCUUUUUGGCCGGAUACAAAGAAUUUAUCUAUGUGGCCUCGUCACAGACAGCAUGCCCUGCCGCCGGACCAGAAUGGGAAUAAUUUGCGGCCUGUACGUCAACUGCUACCUUCCCAACUGGCUCCAGCGAUGAUCCCCUUUGCACCUUUGAAUGCAGCUCAGCGUGCUGCCUAUCCAGAUGGCCAGUUUUUAACUGCACAUCUCGAACUUGAGACAAGUCACCCAGAAGCAUCGCGGGACCUGAUGCGUGAGUCUGCCAGGUCUGCUGCAACCAUCAACAGUGGACUAGCAGGUCCGGGCUUUAGUGCCAGAAACAAGAGCAACAUGAGUCUUGAGCAUCCUUUAGAUUGUUCAUCGGACAGUGACAGCGACUCAGAUGAUGCAUCUAUGCUCUCUGAUCAAUCAGAUGAAACAUCUGCAACGGACGAUCUAGAAAGCAUGGAGACCGAGACCGAGACUGAGUGUCAAGAGCCACAACUGAAUCGGGCCUCUAUCCGAAAGCAGAAUGCCAGUCCUCAUCGUCGCGAGUCGAUUUAUGGGCCUCAUUCUCCCCGGAAGCCCCAAAGCCGUAGCCUUGACAGAAGACAUGACAGGAAUUCCCGUCUCCGCGACCAAUUUGAGGUACCUCCAGUCAAGACUUUUGGUCCAAGACGGGCUGAGGACGCUCGAUCAGGCUCAGUACCCGGUAGAAGAUAUAGAAUGCAGCUGAUUAACGACAAUGAGAUCCGAAGCCGAAUGCUUGAUCACCGUGAAGCCAGUCUUGGACAUCGCGAGAAAUGGCUGAAGAAAACCAUUUCUGAAGCGCGUCGUCAGCCAGUGAAGGAUCAGCCAACAGUGUGUCGCUGUACCUGUCGUUGUGCGAUCAAGAAGAGUGAAGCUGCGUGA